AUGCAUCCUGCUACUAAGCCUGAAGAUUCAAGUCAUCGAGUCCCAAUCGGCAUAAAUAUUUUGACAGGUGGUUUAGCAGGAUGUGUUGCAAAGACAGCAAUUGCUCCACUAGACAGAGCCAAGAUAAAUUUUCAGUCUACUCGAAUGCCGUUUAAUGUUCGGAGUCUUAUUCAGUUUCUCAAAAACACUUACCAAGAACAAGGUUUCAUGUGCUUAUGGCGUGGUCACACUGCAACUCUUGCCAGAAUUUUUCCUUAUUCUGCUAUUCAGUACUCUGCUCAUGAUCAUUACAAACAUUUACUUGGGAUUGGUUCAACUAGCCAUUCAGAUAUUUCGUAUAUACGUUUACGGCGAUUUCUUGCUGGUGUUGGAGCUGGGACAACAUCGGUUACCUGUACAUACCCACUUGAUGUUGCUAGAGCACGUAUGGCAGUUACAACUGCUUCCAAAUAUUCUAGUCUUUUUCAUGCUAUACGAGCUCUUUAUACAGAAGAAGGAUUAAGUGCAUUGUAUCGUGGUUUUUCCCCUGCUCUCCUCGGUAUUAUCCCAUAUGCUGGGACAGCUUUCUUUACGUUUGAAACACUGAAAGAAACUUGUUUAGACAGAAGCAAAGAUCCCAUCACUGGUAAACGGCCUAAAAAACUGUAUCCAUUUGAAAAUUUAUGUUGCGGUGCAGUGGCUGGAAUUUUAGGACAAACUGCUUCUUAUCCACUAGAUAUUGUUAGACGAAGAAUGCAAACUGCUAAUAUUACAGGUCAUCCAGAAUACAUAGAAAGUGUAUAUAAAACAUUACGAUAUGUAUAUAAAGAUGAAGGUUUUAUUCAUGGAUUAUAUAAAGGUUUAUCAGUGAAUUGGAUUAAAGGGCCAGUAGCUUCAGGUAUUAGUUUCACUGUUUAUCAUCAAUUUCAACAUUUACUUCAUCAAUGGAUAAUAAUUAAUGAAUAA